CCACCGCCUGCUUGUCAAACCGAACCUCCUCCUCCGCUUACUGUCCCCUCCCAGCGGCUCUCACUCCCUUCGCCACUGCAGUGAAAGCCUCGGUUACUGAGAGAGACGGCGAGGAGAGUCUGAAAGCUGGGUACAAAUCCAGGACCAGACCUCUGAAGAGGCACUACUACCGUGUUGGGUUUUUUUUUUUGUAUCGUUCCGCUCAGCUCGGCGGCCCGCUGACUCUUCCUGUUUCACCUCUUUUCCGUUCUCAUCGCCUGGAUUUCAUCAUCCGACCCGCAAGAUGGGAAAUGAAGCCAGUUACCCCCUGGAGAUGUGCUCACACUUCGAUGCUGAUGAGAUUAAGAGGCUAGGGAAGAGGUUUAAGAAACUCGACCUAGAUAACUCGGGCUCGCUCAGCGUGGAGGAAUUCAUGUCUCUGCCGGAGCUGCAACAGAACCCGCUGGUGCAGAGGGUUAUCGACAUAUUCGACACGGACGGGAACGGAGAGGUGGACUUUAAAGAGUUUAUUGAAGGAGUCUCACAGUUCAGCGUCAAGGGAGACAAAGAACAGAAACUCCGAUUCGCUUUCAGGAUUUACGACAUGGACAAGGACGGCUACAUCUCCAACGGCGAGCUCUUCCAGGUUCUGAAGAUGAUGGUGGGCAACAACUUGAAGGACACGCAGCUGCAGCAGAUCGUGGACAAGACCAUUAUAAACGCAGACAAGGACGGAGACGGCAGGAUAUCCUUCGAAGAGUUCUGUGCAGUGGUCGGAGGCCUCGAUAUACACAAAAAGAUGGUGGUGGACGUGUGAGCGCCCUCCGCUUGCUGAAUCCCCCUCCUCGCCCUCAACACUCGCUUUUCUCCACCAUCUCCGAAGAUCUGCUCAAAGACGUCUGGCAAAACGCUCUCUGUGUAACUCAAUGGAAGUAUUCUCUCUUUAUGUCUAUCUUUCUGUGAAGCC